AUGGAUACUUUUCGAUUUCCAGAUACUAUGCGCUCGCGUCUAAUAGAGUUGGUGCAGAAGGAGAAGUGUCUCUGGGAUCAAAGGAAUGAAGAAUAUAAAAUGCAAGGUCCAAGAGAAGACGCAUGGGGAAGGAUAGCAAGUUUGAUGAGAGAUGAAGGACAUAAUGUAACCGUGAGUGAAUUGAAAGCGACAUGGAAGGGAAUGCGUGACAUCUGGAGAAGGCUGAGAACGAGUAAGACUGGAUCGAGGACGUCAUGGCCUUUUUUUAAAGCACUCGAAUUUCUGGAACAAAAUGAACUCACUGACAAUGAGGAGACUGCUAGCCGUAACUACUCGAUGCAUAACACGUCUUCCGUACCGCAGGAGCGUGAGGAAAGUAGUUACGAAAGAGCAGGGUUCAUAAAAGAGGAAAUAGGCGACAUUGAUCUGGUCGGUACGAGUAUGCAGGAGAACGUAAAUACAGAAGACAAGUACGAACAUUUUGGAAAAUUGGUCACUUCUGUGCUUCGUGAUUACGACAAAAAUGUGAAUGAGGAGUUCGCCAUGAAUAAAAUGGAAGCCAUAUUCUCUGUUAUAAUGUCAAGGGAUUGGUAUGGUAGACGGUUAACAAGACCACUAUCGAUCUAG